UCCGCGCCCGGACGCGCAGGUGGGAGCGUGCGGUGCGGGCCGCCACACAGAGGCCGCGCCCCGCCGGGUGCCCACAGCCCGCGCUGUCCGGCCGAGCGCCGACCCCGAGGCCGGCGCCGGGCUUCCGGGACGCGAGCUGGCGCACGCACCGAGCCCGCGGGACGAAGCCUCAGAGCUGUUGAAACCAUUGGAGGGAAGGAAAUCCAUCCUGCCUGGUUCAGGGGAAAGGGGCUUCUUCCGGCCAUGUCUCCUGUAGCUGCUGCUGACUCAGAUGGGGACCGGCGAGACAGGCGUGUCAGCAAGCUCAUUUUCUUCCUUUUCGUCUUUGGUGCCAUCCUGCUAUGUGUGGGAGUCCUGCUCUCCAUCUUCGGGUUCCAGGCCUGCGAGUACAAAAUCUUCCCAGACUGCAGCCUGGUGCUGAAGGUCGCUGGGCCUGCCUGUGCCGCAGUCGGGCUCGGGGCUGUGAUCCUGGCCCGCUCAAGGGCACGACUUCAGCUCCGGGAGGGGCACCUGCGGGGCCGGCAGGUGGACCCCGACCGGGCCUUCAUCUGUGGAGAGAGCCGCCAGUUUGCCCAGUGCCUCAUCUUUGGGUUUCUGUUCUUGACGAGUGGCAUGCUCGUCAGCAUACUGGGCAUCUGGGUCCCCGGGUGUGGCUCAGACUGGGCACAGGAACCGCUGAACGAGACAGACACGGCUGACACGGAGCCCCAGAUCUGUGGAUUCCUGUCCCUGCAGAUCAUGGGGCCCUUGAUUGUACUCAUGGGACUGUGUUUCUUUGUGGUGGCCCAUGUUAAGAGAAACAACUUGAAUGAGGGCCAGGAUGCCUCUGAAAGUGAAGACAGACAGACGCAGAGCAUGGAGCCUGUCCAGGUCACUGUAGGUGACGCCGUGAUAAUAUUCCCACCCCCGCCACCACCUUACUUUCCCGAGUCUUCAGCUUCUACAGUAACUCCGAGUCCUGGGGCUAAUGGUUUGCUUCCCAGCGAAAAUCCACCUUCGUAUUACAGUAUUUUUAACUAUGGUUUGUUUCCCUUAUGUGAGCUGUCUCCAAAGACAGAAAGGUAGAGAAUAGUAACUCUGCAUGCGUGUAUGCUUUCUGGACAGCAAUGACACGUUCUUACCUCGUCAUGUCUUCUCGUUGACAACGGAAACAGCAAUGGGGUGAGACUCUCUUAAUGUGACAGUUGGCUCUAAAGAAGGAAGGGAAUCAAGGCAUAUCUGUAAGAAACAGAAUAGGGAAGAAAUUACUCCUUAGUAAUUUCUAAAUACUCCUAAACACAUGUAAUCCAACAUUUGAAAAGAACCUCAUAUUUAUGAUGUGUUACUGUCCCCUCUCUUCCCUUUCUGUUCUCCCUCCUUUUUAGAAGGACUUCAACUCCUGAGGGCCAAGACACGGCCCCCGAGAGAGAUCGUGAAUCUAUAUACACCAUUUCUGGGACUGCUGUGUCCUCUGAGAUC